CUCUGCAAACAGCUGAACUCUUUGGAGGAGAGUGGGGACAGCCAGAGCACAAUACAGGACAGAGCCUCUGUGGGAGAGCGACUGAAGAACAACGGGGCAGCCAAGGAGACCACAGAAUUACUCUUCCCCCAAAUCCCCAAUUCUGCACAGAGAAAGAAGACAAAGAAGGUGCAGAAAGCAACAAAAGCAUUCUUUGCUUUCAGUCCACUAACAGAAGAAAAAAAUAACAAUAAGCUGAGCAAGAUAAUUUUCUCUGAGAUCCAAAUUCAAGAAGAAAGACGUGACACUGUGAUGGCACAGUUGCAUUGUUGAUCAGUGCAACAUCACCAAAAUUAUCGUCAGGGACUGUGGAGCUGUACUGCAUGAAGGAAACGUUCACCUGGAAGAAGCCCACAGAAACAGGAUGAGAGUGACUCUGAGGAUCACGUGGCUGCUACUUUCACUAAGCAUCUGUUCAGAGAGCAGCAACAUCACUGCCCUUACGGAAGAGGCGAAUUCUACUCUUGCAGAGGCAGCAGGAGGUGCAACUACUGUUACCAUAGAUACAACGGCAGUCCACGUUACAAACAAACCAACUAUUGCUUUGACUGAAUCAAUGGCAAAUACUGAAGCCCAAACUGUAGCAACAUCUGUUGAUACUGUUAAUAAAGCAGCAUCAUCUACACAACAAACAGCCACAACAGUCAGAAACCUCCCUGUCCCACUUUCUACAGCUUUGAUUGCUACUACAACACAGUUAAACUCCAGUGCGAAGAUUUCACCCGCACCUGCCAGCACUUCAGGGAGGCCUACAACUCAAACCACUGUUAUCGCCAGCUCCACUAUGGCUGUCACCAUGGCCAAGGCAGGGACCCAGGCUACAGUGCUUACUGGCACUAACAUCCUGGUAUCUGAUCAACCGCUGUUGACUAAACCUACUGGAUCCAAUGGAGGCUUUAAGGCAUCUACUGUACAACCGGGAAAAAAUGGUGAUGAGAUGAUAACCAGGAAAACAGAAGCUCUGACAACUGUUCCAUCGGUGGAGGCAACGUCUAAGAAAACCCUAACAAUGUCAACGGCGAGGAAAGAGGAGAGCAAUUCAGGUACCACUACAGCAACCACAACAAACAUAAGGUUGACAUCAACUGGAUCUACGAACCAAAGUGGGAUCCCCGAGAGGACCGUCACCUCCAGCCAAACCUCUACUGCAGAAGUCUUACCUGUCACAACGGAAACCCAGUUCCAGGCAACCAUCAUAACAACACUGGCUGGGACAAAAGAGUUUAAGUAUUCUCUAAGUGAACCAACGCCAAAUCAAAACCCAAAUCUGGUGGCCUUGUGCAAGAGUUUCAUGUCACACCUGCAUCAUGGAACCUGCACCCUGAGACUGCAGAACGACAAAGUACUCUUUGAAAGUUUGGAGAUUACUGGCGGCCAAGUCAAUGCCAGCCUUGUAAAGGAACACUAUGCAAAAAUUAAGGAAGAAACUGACCAAAAACUGACAGACAAAAAAACCCUGAUAGCCAUCCUGGCAUCGUGUGGAGCCCUUCUCAUCAUGAUCAUCAUCCUUGGCAUCUGUGUGUCCCAUCGCCGCAAGCCAUACAAUGAGAACCAGCAACACCUGACGGAAGAGCUGCAUACGGUGGAGAAUGGUUACCAUGACAACCCCACACUGGAGGUGAUGGAGGUGCAGCCAGAUAUGCAGGAGAAGAAGGUGGUGCUCAAUGGUGAAUUCAGUGACAGCUGGAUCGUCCCUAUUGACAACCUGAUGAAGGAGGACAUGCCCGACGAGGAGGACACCCACCUGUGAGGACAAGGCGACUGAAACUGGUUUCUACUGUCGCCUAACAGUCCUGACUUCCACGCCCUUUAAGGAAGUAUGCCACACUGAACAGAGUUUCUGUAUGAUGAAUUUCUGUUGAUGUGUGGAAUAGAGACAAAACACAACAUUGAAACACUAAAUUGAAAAACUUCAUCAAAUCAGUCACUGAUGAGAUACUAUGACAGUAUUUGGCAUUCUCCGCACCCCCAGCCAACCCUAUCGGUGGUACCUACUUGCUUGGCACCAACACUUGCACCUGUAUGCAGAUUUAAAAGAUGUCACAACUCAUCUGACAAAUAUCAGUGCGUGUCUCACAUGCAAUUAUGCCUUUUGAAAACCAACCAAAACGCUGGACAUCACUCCACUUUUUGAAGCAGGGUGAAAAUAGAAGUAAAAAUGCUGUACUACCUUUCUCCCCUAUUCACAGCAGCCAUUAAGCAUGCCUGCUCAGCAGGUUAUACCCCACUUCCCAUUGGCUGGAGUUACAAAUAUACAACAGAAAACUCAUUCAGGCCACAACUGUGAGUACUCUUUUUUUAAGGCGCCUAUGCCCCCCCGAUCAAAUGCCGCUCUAAGUGAAGAGCCAUAUCCCCCAUGUCAAAAACACCAAUGCCCACUCACAAAAACGUAUAUCAUUAAUUACACCUCUAAUUAUGAAAACAUGAGAUAUCCUAACAGGGUUGCAUUUAUUGGUUUUCUGAGUUUGACACUGGAAUCUGGUAAUGUUUGGUCAGAUGACUUGAUUAUUCAUUUUAGGGUUGUGAAUUUUAGGAUUUUAACAUAAAUGGAGUCACAUUUCAGCUGAAUCAACACAGGGUAUAAAAUCCUGAGCUCUCUGACAAUCAGAACUAGUUCAAGUUGGACCUUUGUUAGUAUCAUUUCUUAAAACAAACCAUGAUCAUCGGUAGAUUGUCCUUCACACAGGACUGUGCACUCAGUAUUUCUAAGAAAUUGGCAUUCCCAUUAAAAAAAAUGUGGUUUUGGCUUGGAUUUGGUGAAAUGUGAAGAUGAAACUAGUAAUGAGCCGGAGGUGCCCAUUACACGCUUAUUGGGUCUUCAAGUUUAAAAUCAAAAGAAAGUUUUUGAAAAAGUGUUUCCUUGUGAGGAAUUUGCUGUUGCACUUGCAUAAGACCACCAUAAAAGCUGUUAUUCGCUGUGUUUUAUUUUCCUAAGCAAUCUUUACCUUCAGAUGCAAGGCCUGGAUGUUGCUUUUAACUAGUCAGUUAAUUCACAUAAUUAUUCACCUGGUAUCAAAAUAUUAGCAAAAUAUUUGCAUUAAACUUGAUAUUAACAGUAUCAGGUUUAAAUACGAGUAUCAAUUUUUAUUUAUUUAAAUGUAAGGUAUUACUUUGUACCUGCUACUUGUAGCUGAGGGUGCUGCUGUUGGCAUUCAGUUGCCAGUUAAGCAACAAAUUGACUUGAUCUAGCGCCGUGACAGGUAAAGUUGUACAUUUAGCGAAGAAAACUACCACCGGUUAACUGCGACAAAUGUGUUUUAGAUAGCUGCUUACUCCUCCAGUGAACUAAAACAUAAAUCUAACAGUCUGUAGAAUGUAAUCAAUGUUGACAUGAAUGUGACUAAAAUUAUGCCCGAUGAUGUUCCAGGAUCAAUGUGCACAAACAAAAUAGACAACACUGAACAGAACCAAUAAAUCCAUACCAUAAUUGUACACAAAUUUCUGAUGCAUAAAUUACAACCACCAAAACAACACGCUAUUAGGGUUUCAGUCUGUCCACCCAUAGUGCUAGGAGAUGGAACCAGGAAAGAGCAGGCAAUCCUGCACCAGUAUGGUUCUGAUGCUGCAGCAUAUUGGCAGUAUUGAGAUGUCAGUUUCUCCUUUUGCACUACCCACUUGUGGAGAACCACUGGCACCAUUCUUGGCCCCAUUUUGUUCUCCCGCUGCACCCUUUUUAGCUUUAAGAAAAAGUCAUUUUUUAAAGCUGCUCCAGUGAUUCUCAGCGAGGACAAAUUACUAAAAUGACUUCCAGGUUAUAAUCACAUGGAGCCAUCUGGUAACUAUCUGGAACUAUUUUCUGAACGCUGGUAGUAACCAAUAUUCCAAACUUUUAAGAAUAAAGGUGUAAAUUAAAUGGAUAGCUCAGAUUCUUUCGUGAGCAGAUAAUAUCUUACCUGCAGUGGAUAGCUCCCUGAAUGUCUACAUUGCUGACAGGUUAGCUUUCACCUGAGCCUGAAGCCAACAGCCAGAACAAUUGGGACCAAGUUUCUACAGUGGUUUACUGGAAAGUCUGUCUUUUAACCCUUAAACCAUGUCCUGGUUGCAUCACUCGGGUAUUUUCAAGUAAAGAUUAAUGAUAUUUGCAGGUAUUUAUAUAAAGUAAGACCUAAUUUACCCACAAUCUGUAGCGAUGACAGUCUCAGAAGCAGGUGCAACACAAUUUAAAGGGAAAUGAGUAAAUGCCAUUUUAUAGAAUUUUACUCCGUGUUAAUUUGCUCCGGAUGUUUGCUCUGGUGGUGCGCCUCAGAGUGCUUCAUAAGGAAAAGUCCUUGUUCCACUCACGAAGAAUGGUGGAAACAUUGUAAUGGAAAACAAAGAGUGCUAUCAAACAUUUCAGACUGAAGUUUGUUCAAAGCUGUUGGAAAAAUCGCUUUGGUCUCGACACAAGGCUGAUCAGGCAAAAGUACUCCGAGUUUAUUUAAACUGGACACUUUGAGCUCUUACCAAGGAAUUGACUGUUCGCCUCCAUACUGUAUAAUCUUGUCACUAAAAGCUGUUAAAAGCAAACCUGUAAAUACCUGUAAGAUGUAUUUUCUUUUGCAAAAGAUUUUGAAGUUGUUGCUGAAUCAAACUACACACAACUUGGAUUUGUCAAUAACAAACCGUUCACACAGAACCCAAACCUAUUUCACAAUUUCCUUCUACUACAACCAAUUAAUAACUUAAUAUAUAUUUACUUCAAUCUUUGGCUACAUAUAUAUAAAGAAAAUCCGUCACUGUGGGUUAUUCAAUCUAAGCCUCCCAUUCCUGUUUUGUGUGUAAAGUCUCACUUUUAUUAUAGCUGUGCCACUUUCAAAGUAUGUUACUUUUAUUUGAUGUAUUUAUGGUUUGUUUGCUGCUGCAGGCAGACAACAGGGGUCUGAAACACUGGAAACUGUAAAUUGUUGAUGGCUACGGCUGUCGUCUUCUUGUAUCUGGUUAGAUUUACUAAUAAAAAGCGUUUUUCCAAUUUA